CACCUCUUCAACAACGUUCCUUUUGUUUUUCUGUGAUUUUUUUCAAUCUUCCAUACCGCUGGUCGGCUCUUGACAACUUCACACCUGCAAGACAGUCCUUUCACUUCUAUAUCCUUCCAGCAUCACAUUCAUUUUUUUGACCAUCACCAAGAUUUCUUAGCAGCAAUCAUGAAGGUCGAAACUGCAGCGGUCGCUCUUCUCUUCGCGACGACCUCGCUCGCCGCACCGAGGGCAAGAUUGUCUGAGAAAACAAUCAAAGAAGACCCAGACUUUGGUCUUUGCAUUCCGACCAUGAAAUUUGAAGGUGGUCUUGGUGGACGAUCUGCUGGCGACUUUACUUUCCUGCCCACUGACCCGUUGUGUGCUCGUGGCCAACAAGAGGCGUUGAACCCAAACAUCAUCACCAACAGAAUCUGUGAUCAGCUCAGCACAGCUUGCAACGCCAACGAGGCCGCCAAGGAGCUCUGCCGUGAUGCUCAGGCCAAGGUCCGAACCUUGGGAACACGCAACAAGUCGACCGCCGAUACCUGGAACACCCUCCUUGGCUUCGGCGGUGCUCUCACCAACCCUGAUGGAGGACUCUCCGAGCCCGGUUUCAGAACCAAAGAUCUCAAGAUCAAGCGGGAGGAAGUGACCAAGAUUGAACGACGUUUUGUCGAAUGCCGUACCGAUGUCUGGCUCGAUGACUGCAACGGCUGGUCUUCCCCAGAACCUGUUGUGAAGAGAGACGUCAUUGAUGCCGCCGCUGAGCCAGUUGUCAAGCGUGAAGCUGCACCUGAGCCUGAGCCUGAGCCAGAACCACAACCAGAACCAGAAGCUGCGCCCGCUCCCGCUCCCGAGCCAGCAGUGGUCAAGAGAGACGUUGAAGCUGCACCUGUCGAAGCUGCCCCGGUCGAGAACAAGGCCAAGCGUGCCAUCACAAACUUUGUUGCAUGCAGCACCGAAGUCUGGCUCGACAACUGCAACGGCUGGGACUAAAGUACUGUAAAAAGUGAAAGAACUUGGGUUGCAGCGGGAGUAGGAGUCCAUUCUCGGUCGGAUCGUUCAAUAAGAAGGGAUUUUCUGAGUGUCUAGUACAG